UACACCACAUAAAAUUCAAGUAUAUAAAUAGUUGAUAUGUUUGUUUAAUUACCUCCUUUUCCAAGAGUAGAAGAAAGCUAGAUACUCUGUACGUGGGCACUAAGGCAUGUAACUUGAAAAUACUGCAAAAGAUAUUGCAAAGUGCUAACAAGUUUUCAGAUUUCAGCUAUUGAUAUUUCAUUGCCCAAGAGAUCGAUUAUCUCAUUACAUAUUCACAUCAAAUAAAAACUUGGGUCAAUGGGCCCGGAUGAUUUGGGGAGCGGUAGUAGUCGAAGGAGCUGGGCGGGGCCUACCGCACCGAGCUUCCGGGAUGUUCUAACAGGUGCUCCUGGUGAUGUAUUCAGUAGUCGGAGAUGGGAGGAAGAGAUGGAGGAGGAAGAGGAACUGAGGUGGGCCGCCAUCGAACGGUUGCCUACCUUUGAAAGACUAAGGAAAGGUGUACUAAGAAGAGUGCUUCAAGAUGGGAAAAUUGUGGAGAAUGAGAUUAAUCUUCAUAAUAUGGGGAUACAAGAUAGGAAACUGUUAGUUGAUACUAUUCUUAAAGUUGUUGAUCAGGAUAAUGAAAAGUUUCUUACAAGACUCAGAGACAGGAUUCAUAAAGUGGGACUUGAGAUACCAAAAAUUGAAGUAAGAUACGAGCAUCUUUUCGUGGAAGGGGAAGUGCAUGUGGGCAGUAGAGCAUUGCCAACCUUGCUUAAUUCUACCAUCAACUCCUUCGAGGCGAUUCUAGGGUUAGUGGGAUUAUCCCCAUCAAAGAAGAGGACCCUCAAGAUACUUCAAAAUGUCAGUGGGAUUGUCAAACCUUCCAGGAUGACAUUACUUUUGGGGCCCCCAGGUGCAGGGAAAACAAGUUUUUUACUGGCACUUGCAGGAAAGCUGGAUAAAAACCUGAAGGUAACCGGGAAGGUGACAUAUUGCGGCCAUGAAUUAACAGAAUUUGUUCCCCAGAGGACCUGUGCAUACAUUAGUCAAAACGAUCUUCAUAAUGGAGAGUUGACUGUUAGAGAGACGUUAGAUUUCUCAGGGAGAUGCUUAGGGGUUGGGACUAGGUAUGAGGUGUUGGCAGAGCUCUCUAAAAGAGAGAAGCAAGCAGGAAUAAAGCCAGACCCUGAAAUUGAUGCCUUCAUGAAGGCUAUAGCAAUGCCAGGCCAAGAAACUAGUCUUGUUACUGAUUAUGUUCUCAAGAUACUUGGAUUAGAUAUAUGCGCUGACAUUAUAGUUGGCAAUGAAAUGACAAGGGGUAUCUCUGGUGGCCAAAAGAAGCGUGUUACAACUGGUGAAAUGUUGGUUGGUCCAGCAAAAGUUCUACUGAUGGAUGAAAUAUCAACAGGAUUAGAUAGUUCCACUACUUUUCAGAUAUGCAAGUAUAUGAGGCAAAUGGUUCAUAUAAUGGAUGUAACAAUGAUCAUCUCUCUCCUACAACCAGCUCCGGAGACAUAUGAACUCUUCGAUGAUGUUAUCCUUCUUUCUGAUGGCCAGAUUGUUUAUCAAGGUCCACGGGAAGAGGUUGUCGAGUUCUUUGAAUACAUGGGCUUCAAAUGCCCAGAUAGGAAAGGAAUAGCUGAUUUUCUCCAAGAAGUGACAUCCAGGAAAGAUCAAGAACAAUAUUGGUCUAGCAAGGACCAACCUUAUACUUACAUUUCAGUAUCUAAAUUCACUCAGGGCUUCCAAUCUUUCCGAACUGGGCAAAAUCUAGCAUCAGAUCUUGUUGUUCCUUUUGAUAAAUCCAAAGCCCACCCAGCCGCUUUGAUCAAAGAAAAAUAUGGUAUCUCCAAUUGGGAGCUGUUUAUGGCCUGUUUCUGGAGGGAGUGGUUGCUGAUGAAACGGAACUCUUUUAUAUACAUCUUCAAGACUACACAAAUAACAAUCAUGUCAUUAAUUACCAUGACUGUUUUCCUUAGGACUACAAUGCAUCAUAAAACAAUCACAGAUGGUAGCAAAUACCUCGGGGUUCUAUUUUUCAGUCUCAUAAAUAUCAUGUUUAAUGGUUUUGCUGAAUUAUCCUUGACUGUUAUGCGCCUCCCAAUUUUCUACAAACAGAGGGACUUCAUGUUCUAUCCCGCAUGGGCUUAUGCACUACCAGUUUGGGUCCUCAGAAUUCCACUAUCAUUCGUGGAAUCAGCAAUAUGGACCAUACUCACCUAUUACACCAUUGGUUUUGCUCCAGCUGCUAGUAGGUUUUUCUGCCAGUUGCUGGCCUACUUCUGUAUCCAUCAGAUGGCUUUGUCCCUCUUCCGGUUCCUUGGAGCUGCGGGAAGAAUCAUGGUGGUUGCUAACAAUGUUGCUAUUUUUGGAUUGCUUUUGGUUUUUGUCCUUGGUGGUUUUAUUAUUGCAAAAGGUGACAUUGGUCCUUGGAUGAUAUGGGGCUACUACAUUUCACCUAUGAUGUAUGGACAAAAUGCUUUAGUUAUUAAUGAGUUUCUUGACGAACGAUGGAGCACUCCUAAUACAGACCCCAGAAUUGAUGAACCUACCGUUGGUAAAGUCCUACUUGCUUCGAGAGGGUUCUUUAAAGAACAAUAUUGGUUUUGGAUCAGUAUUUUAGCUCUUUUGGGAUUUUCUCUCCUUUUCAACCUGUUAUAUAUCCUGUCCUUGACAUUCUUAAGUCCUUUCAGCGAUUCAAAAUCUGUAUUACUGAACGACGAUGAUGACGAUAGAAAAAACAAUACGAUAUCUGAGGAGAGACUUAGUGAUCUAGAUAUAGCUGUGAAUUUACAUCCAGGGAGUACCACAUCUGUUGAUGCCCCCAAAAGGGGUAUGGUUUUGCCUUUCCAAGCUCUUUCCCUUGCAUUCAACCAUGUCAGUUACUAUGUGGAUAUGCCUGCUGAAAUGAAAACUCGAGGUUAUGAAGAGGAUCGCCUUCAACUGCUACGGGAUGUCAGUGGUGCAUUUAGGCCUGGGAUAUUAACAGCACUAGUGGGUGUGAGUGGUGCUGGAAAGACCACACUGAUGGAUGUACUGGCUGGACGAAAAACUGGUGGUCAUAUUGAAGGCAGGAUAAGCAUAGCUGGUUAUCCAAAGAACCAAUCAACUUUUGCUCGGAUAAGUGGUUACUGUGAACAAACUGACAUUCAUUCACCACAUGUCACUGUCUUUGAAUCUCUCAUGUAUUCAGCCUGGCUUCGUCUUUCUUUUACUGUGGAUGCAAACACACGAAAGAUGUUUAUUGAAGAAGUAAUGGAGUUGAUUGAGCUUAAACCAUUAAGAGAUUCUUUGGUUGGCCUUCCUGGCGUUCAUGGACUUUCAACAGAGCAAAGGAAGAGAUUGACAAUUGCAGUAGAGUUAGUUGCUAAUCCUUCCAUUAUCUUUAUGGAUGAGCCGACAUCUGGGCUUGAUGCAAGAGCUGCUGCAAUUGUCAUGCGCACAGUGAGAAAUACGGUGGACACUGGUAGAACUGUUGUUUGCACCAUUCACCAGCCAAGCAUAGAUAUAUUUGAGGCUUUUGAUGAGCUCUUGUUGAUGAAACGAGGAGGACAAGUUAUCUACGCAGGCCCCCUUGGCCAUCAGUCACAUGAGCUAAUUGAAUACUUUGAAGCUAUUCCUGCAGUGCCUAAGAUCAAGGAUGGUUAUAAUCCUGCUACAUGGAUGCUAGAUAUUAGUACUCCUCAAUUAGAGACUCAACUGGAUAUAGAUUUUGCUGAAUACUAUGCUAAUUCCUCAAGUUACCAGAGGAAUCAAGAUCUCAUUGUAGAGAUCAGCUCUCCAUCACCAAGUUCUAGUGAUCUCCAUUUUCCAACUAAAUACUCUCAGCCAUUUCUUGUUCAAUUUAAGGCUUGUUUCUGGAAGCAGUAUUGGUCUUAUUGGAGGAAUCCACAAUAUAAUGUUGUCCGAUUUGUGUUGACCAUUUCCAUCGGUCUUAUAUUUGGUAUAAUAUUCUGGAACAAAGGAGGUAAAAUAUCCAAAGAACAAGAUCUGAUGAACUUUUUAGGAGCAAUGUAUUCUGCUACACUUUUCCUUGGAGCCACUAAUGCUUCAGCUGUUCAAGCUGUUGUUGCCAUUGAGAGAACAGUAUUCUACCGUGAAAAAGCAGCCGGGAUGUACUCAGCUUUACCCUAUGCAUUAGCUCAGGUAGCAAUAGAGGCAAUCUAUACUAUUAUUCAGACAGUUCUCUACACCCUUAUCCUCUACUCAAUGAUUGGAUUUGAGUGGGGGUUUGUAAAAUUCAUUUAUUUCUGCUACUUCAUAACGACAUGCUUCAUCUACUUCGGGAUGUACGGAAUGAUGCUUGUCUCUCUCACACCUGGUCAUCAAGUUGCAGGCAUUGUGAUGGGUUUCUUCUUGAGUCUCUGGAAUCUAUUUGCUGGUUUUCUGAUUCCCCGACCGCAAAUACCGAUAUGGUGGAGAUGGUACUAUUGGGCUUCUCCGGUUUCAUGGACAUUGUAUGGCCUCGUGACUUCGCAAGUAGGCGAUAAGAGUUCACUUAUUCAAGUACCUGGAUCUGGCAGUCUGUCUGUCAAGGCUUACCUCAAAGAAUACUUGGGUUAUGACUAUGACUUUCUGCCUGUUAUUGUUGUUGGACAUCUUGGUUGGAUCCUCCUCUUCUUCUUUAUCUUUGCUUAUGGCAUCAAGUACCUUAACUUCCAGAAGAGAUAAAAUAGGGCUAAACAUUUUAGUACUCCCUCCGUGUCACAAGUUUUUGUUGCUUUCGCUUUUCGAGAUCGAACUUUGAUGGCUAAUCUCUCUAAUACAAGUAUUAUAUAAAUCAUAAAAUAUAAAAUUUAAUAUAACAUUUUUAUGUUUAUCAAGGUACAAUAUUAUAAAAGCCAAAGUUCGUUCUUGAAAAGCGAAAGUCGCAACAAAUAGAGAAUGGAGGGGGUAAUACUUUAUCCAACCAAAAAAGUAUUGUUGUAACAAAGCUAGAGUAGGAAGUAAAUUGUGUGAUUAAUCACACGUAAUUAGGUAAUUAAGGAAUACAGAUGAAAGGUGUAAGUUUGAUUUCUUCUUACUUGUUGAAUUUUUUUUUUUUUUCCUUCUUUUUUUUCUCCCGUGUGUGCGCGCGCGAAAGAGGCGCAAGGGCAAUUACAAAUGGCGGUGGGGAUUCUAACUUGAGACUUAUCGUACAUAAAUUCUCAGUCUUAACCACUA